AUGUGCACGGUUGGCCAUGCCUUUCAGCAGGGGAGGAUGCUCUUUGACCCCAGAACGAUGUUCUCCAGUUGUUGCGUGAUGCUUUGCUUGGUUCCUCUCCUGGGCGUCGUGUCGGGCCUCAGGCUGUGCCCCAGCUCCUGUCUGUGCCACGAGUCUGACUUGGUGGACUGCAGGACUCGUGGGCUGCACCAGGUCCCCAAAAAUGUCCCCCACGGCAGCUGGCUGCUGGAUCUGAGUGGAAACGAAGUGAGGGAGGUGCACACCGGAUCGUUCGUGGGACUGUGGUCCAUCAAGAUUCUCCUCAUGUCCAACAACAGCAUCCACGUUCUGCAUCCACAGUGUCUGUCGUCCCUGCAGUUUCUGGAGAGGCUGGACCUGAGUUUUAACCGGCUGCGCUGGCUCCCUCAGGACCUCACGAUGGGUCUGUCCAGCCUCCAGGUGCUCCAGCUGGACCACAACCUGCUGCAGCACUUGGACGACUCCUCGCUGGGAGACUCGGACAACCUGAGAAAACUGGACCUUAGUUACAACCGGAUCCGAACCAUAGAUGUCAGAGCCUUCACCAGCCUGUCUCGCCUGCGCCUCCUUAACCUGCAGGGAAACGGGCUGAACGUCCUCAGAGAGGGUCUGCUGAGCCGGCAACAGAGCCUGGAGGUCCUGUUGCUCGGACACAACAACCUUUCGGAGAUCCAGACCAAAGCUCUGGUUCCCCUGCGCAGCCUGAACCUGCUGGAUCUCCAGGGAAACCAGCUGGAGCACAUCAAGUUCAAGACCUUUCUGAAGAUGAAGACCACCAGCACCCACCUGCAGAUGUCCCUCAACCCCUGGACGUGCGACUGCGACCUGCAGCGCGUCUUCGGGAAGAUCCAGCACGUCCGACACCUGCACGUGGAGGACUACGAGGACAUCGUCUGCCACGCGCCGCCUCAGCAGGCCGGGAGCGCUCUGGUCUCCAUGGACAGCCAGCUGUGCAUGGCCGAGACGGCCUCGGUGCUCAUCAUCACCAUCACCGUGCUGCUGGCCGUGGUCGGGGCGCUGGUCAAAGCAGAACGCAACCGCAAGAACAAGCAAGCUGCGAGCGAUGCAGAGGUUCAGGACAAAUGAAACGGACCUGGUACCGGGCCCUGAGGGAACAUGGUCAGAAGGUCUGAAACAUGGAUUCACCAGAUGCUACAAAAAAUAUAACUAGGAACAGAACCGCUCCUUUACAGCAGAAUGAGGAGUAAAUAUAUUAUCGCCUGCCACAGAAGUAAAAAAGAACGAAUAUU